CCCCGCGCAUGCAUGCGUAAUGAAAUCGCGUGGCGAACCUAGUAAGUUGUUAGCGUUGACCGCGAUAUCGGCGCGCAUGUGUACAUUGUGUACGCGCAGUACGACGACGGGUGUCUCACCGCUUCCUACGUCGGUGGUAUCGUGAACGAUCGGGUGACGCGUUCCUGCGUGUUUCAUGUAAACGACGGCAACGAGAGUCAGAUCAUCGACCGUUCAUAGUCCACGGCGCCAAGGAAAGUAUCCGUUCGAAAGGAAGGGAUUCCUCCGCGACGGAAAUAACACCGUCGCAGGAGCUCGCGAGGGAAAGAGAGAGAGAAAGAGAGAGAGAAAGAGAUAAGGAUCGAAGACGGAGACGCAGCUCACGCAACUCGAGGAGCGCGAAACAUCUGAUCGUUUGACGCAAACGCGUGAGUUCCGCAGGUUUGCCCGUCGCGUUACAUCGUGACGCGCGAAACGCGCCGGCGAACGCUGUCAUCACCCCCGAUGUUUACUCUUCAGGUCUAAUCGCACGUGUUUCUUUGCAGCCGACAGUCUCGUCGGGGAACGGCCAGAGUCGGUGGAUCCUUGCAGCGUGAGAGGUUAGGCGGGAUGUCCGAGAGUGACAUCGUCGUCUAGAGCGAGCGCUAGCUAGGAUAAAUACGCGGCGUGGGAUAUAUAGAGACACGAUGAUCUUUGACGUCCCGAGUGCGCAAGCCUGCAGAAGAAACGAAUCGUGGAACCUGAGAGGCAAGAAUCGUCAACGCUCAGUGCAAUAAGCGUACAUCCCGAUGAAGAGAUGCGCGUUCUUACGGCAUGUUAAACUACCAAAGAUUGUGCGGUGUUAGGUUGUUGUAUUUACGCGAACUUGUUGCAAUUGUAUUGAGGUGUUAGGCUAAAGAGUGGAAUGAGUUACAGCAACUUUGGCCGAGGAAGGGGCUACCCGCAGGGUACACGUGCCGCGCGUCGCUUUGGUAGGCCCCGAUUUCCACGUCCGCCCUUCCGACAUGCAGUUCCUCCACCGAGGCCAGGACAUCCCGCGCAGUUUGGCGCGCCCUGGCAGCCGAACAAUAUGUUUUUUCAGCCUCAUACGUCCCAGCCGUUACGUGGCAGCCCGCCCUUUAGAGCAGACGGUAGGCGAAGGAGGUUCUGUAAUUAUGACGUUCGAUUCCCCGCCCCUAAUAGAUUGCCCGUACCUCCGCGUUUCGAGAAGAGUGCCGUGUUGCCAGAAGAGCUGAUUAUGCAGGAGGAGACUAAUAUAAUUGAAACUGUGCCACAACUUCUUCUGCUCGGCUCAGAAGAAGAGCGACAACAGAAAAUAAUCGAAACAGCGGAUCGAUUGAAGCAGAAACUCUCUUCUUUUAACAGUGAUGACAUCCCAGAUAUUUGGAAUGAAGAUAUACCGUCUAACAUUAUUGCGGACAAUCCAGAGGAUAAUGCUCAGAUACGUAUCCCUGUAGUAGGAUAUAAAUCAUCUGAGAUCAAUUUGACGUACAAUGAUCUAAGGGACAUUGGAAAAAUAAAUUCUGAUAAUAUGCAGCAUACUACAAAUGAAUUAGAUAUUAUCAAUAAUACAGAUAGCGAUGUAAUGAUAUUAGAUGAGAACAAAGAUGAAACUCGUCUAAUGAUACCUAAUGAUCAAAUGACAAUUCUGGAAAAUGUACCAGAUGAUAAUCAAUACAUGGAAGUGGACAAGGAAUGGAUUGAGAAUGGACAAGGAGUGGACUGGGAGCUUCAAGAGCCAGUUGAUGAUUCUCAGAAUUUGGAACAAUCAGAUCUACACGGAGAUAAUACUAUUGAAAAUGAAUUAUUAGAAUCAAACUUUCAGUACCAAUAUGAUACACCACUAGUUAGUAUUUCACAAGAGCAAGAUGAUCAACAACGGGAUAUUUCUCAAGGAAUCGAAAUAUAUCCCACAGAUGUUACGAAAGAACCAGAUGAGUCUGAAACACUAAAUUUAGAAGCUGAUGUAUCAUUUCCAAUUGAUUCAACGGAUCAGGACAUUUUGCAGAAGGACGUAUCGCAAGAGAAAGAGGAACUUUUCGAAAAUUUAGAUGUUCAAGAAAGUGCUUUAAAUUCUCAUGUUCAUGCAGAAAAUUCAAAUAGCAGUAAUUGUACAUUAAUACAAACACCAUUAAUUGAUACACCAGUAAGUAAUGUCACAUUAGAUAAUCAAUUGCCAAGAAUGAAGGAAAAUUCUUUUCAGAGUGGUCCACCAAAACUGUCUCCACAUACGGAGCAGGAAUUGCCCGUUGAUUUUGAUCCUACUACUCCACCACCAAUGUUACUAAAACAAGAUCAACCGUGUAUUUUGCCUCCAUAUUCAAUUCCUGAUUUACCAUUAUUCGAUCCUACUGAGCCACCACCAAAUAUAAAAUGUUUACUCGGGACAAAAAUGUCCCAUGAAGACGCAAAUCCUCCAUGGAGUAAUGCUCAAAAUCCGAUACCUGCCGUCUAUAAUAAUAUGGAAGUUCAUACGGGCUUAAAUACACAUGGAGGAUUUAUGCCUCAACAAUUACCACUAGAAAUAGUCAAUCAAAGUAAUGUUUUUAUGCCAUCUCAUAUCGAUUCAGUAAAUUUUUCUCCAAUGUUUCCUAUGCUGCCCAGCAAUCCUGUUAUCAAUACACACGUUCCGUCAUUGCCUCAAGUACAUGCAACGUCUCUUAAUACUUGUGUGUCUUCAUCUUUUUUACCAGAGCUCUCUUCGUCUUCUAAUUUGCAUUGCAGCGUAAACAAAGACGAUGGUUUGAACGACAUGCAAGAAGCCAUGAGAUUUGCAAAAGAAAUGACAAGUAUAACGGGAAAGACAGAUGAAGAAUCUAAAUCAAGUUCCAAAUCUCUUUCCAAAAGCAGUACUCCAAUUGAUCCUGCUAGCGAUGUAGAAUCUAUAGCACUGCCUCCAGGAAAACCAAAAACCAAAACUAAUAAGCAAAAAAAAAUAAAAGAAAGUGACACGAGUAGCAAGAAAAAAAUACUUGAAGAACAGAGUACAGCAGACUAUCCAUCAUCAGAAGAAACGAUACAAGAUGCAAAUGUGAAAUCUAAGAAUACCUUGUUAAUGAAUGACCUCGUUAAUGAACUAGAGCGUCCUAAAGUAGUAUUUAACUUGAAUAAUAAAGUGAAAGUAGUAAAUACCAAGUCAUGGAAAGAAAAUAACGAGAAAAAAAAUGGAAUGACACAUCCCAUAGAACUAGAAAAAACACUUGCAGAACCUUCGAUAACUAAAAAGAAUUUAGAAAAUACGUCAAAGCAUAAUAAAGAAGAAGAAAAGAAUUUAAAGAGAAAAGAAAAUAAUUUUGAGAAUGCAAUAUCAUCCGAGAUUGCAAACCAAAAUAUCAUAUUGCAUCAUAAAAAGCCACAAAAAGAUGUCCAUACAGAAAAAUCUCAACAUUCUAACGUUUCACUUCCGAAAGUCAACGUGCAAAAUUUGAGGAGCCGUAUAGAAAAGAAUGAGAAUACUAAAAUGGAUGCUUCGUGGAAAAACAGGAUCAUUAGUCGAUUUUUAAAGAUGAGUAAGAACGAUAUCUACAACAUGGUGAAUAACACUAGUCUUCGAAAGUUCGAUAUUAUAAUGAAGCGUCUAGUCAAAGAAAAAAAGCCUACAUUAUCCUUGGAGAUGAGACACGCACAAGACGAAAAGAUGAAACUAUACGAUCAACAGGAAUUUAUGAAGCAAUUAAAUGCGAUGUUGGACACCGACGCUAUCGUGUCCAUUACAGAUCUACCUACAGAAUUUAUACAUCAUUUGAAUGAAGUACUACAAUUGGAUGUGCAACCAGACAUUCAUGCCGAAUCCGCAGCAGCUUCGAGCAGCCAGUAUGGUCAUUUGGAAGAUACAAAUCGUACGUUCAAUCCCGUAAUAACCCAAAUCCCAGAAUGCACAAAUAAAACAACAAUGUUGAAUGAUAUUAGUCAGGAAUGUGUAAAAAGCAAAGGUCAUGCGGUAAAAACGGGAUCUAACAAAAAUGUACCGGCACAUAAUACUAGAAAUAAUGAUGUUAAUUUAAAAGAAGUAACGAAGAAAAUUCAAACACCUGCGGCAGUAAAAGAACGUAAGCGUUGCAGUAUGGGGCAACAAAGUGCAAAGAAAUUCGAUGUUGGCGCGAUUUCGAGGAGCAUGGAGAAAGAAGCAUUUAUGGAAGAUGACAGAACACACAGACUGGAGAAUAGCCCGCACUGGGACGAGAAGUGCGAUAGAUGGAAAAGGAAGGAACGAGAAGAUCCACAUGCGUACAGAAAUCUUACCAAAGAAGAAUGGGAAGCAAAAUACGGAAUGCAAACAAAUUUGACAGUCUGUAUUCCUUCCGAUAAUCCAAAAAGGAUUGGUGUUACCAAGAGAGGACGCGGUUUACUAAAUAGAGGACGCGGUAGAAAAGUUUAUCCACGACGUCGUUAUUCCUCUGAAUCUUCGAAACAACAAUUAAAUACAAGAUACAGAAGUUUGGAAAAGGAAAAGCAUAAAAAAUCUAGACGACAUAGUGACGAUAGAAAACAUACCACAGAAUAUUUAGAAUAUGAUAUCAAUCAGGAUAGUGACAGUAGUAGCAGCAGCACUAGUAGCAGUAGCAGCAGUAAUAGUAGUGAUAACACAAAUGUUACAAAGUUAUUGAGAGCGAUAAAAGAAAAUGAAAAGGUGGCCAAGCAAAUGUCAUUGAACGAAGCGAUAAGAGACGAGGUAAAUGCCGAGAUUGAACGAGAGCGGAAAUCGAAAAAAUCGCGGAAGACUUACAAAAACUCCAAGAGCCGAAAACAGAGAAAAGUACGUUAUAAGAAAAAGAAGAGACAAAACAAGGAAAUGACGAGCUCUUCUGAUUCCUCCUCAGAAAAAGACAAUGAUAAUGAAAUGACUGAUAGAUUGUUGACGGAAAAGGAAAUUAAGAAGGAAGUCAUAGAAAAUCAGGUCGUACAAGAAGUUAUUGUUAAAGAGGAAGUAGACAUUAAUCAAGAAGAGAAUACCAGAGACGCUGAAUUUAGAGACGUAAAUGCUUCGAAUCAUCUCAUGACUAUGGAAAAUAAAGCAGCACAUUUCUUCUCGCAGAAUAGAGUGGAAUCUCCUUUAGCACAAGAAAUUCCGCUAACAUCUAUUAAUGCCACGCAACUACAUGCUGAAGAGAGAUUGCCGAUAGGUUCCCCUACGCAACUAAAAACUAAAGCGCAAUUGAAGCAGAUGCCAGAAACAUCCGAUAUGAAUGAUAACAAAGUUCCCUUGAAUAUAUUUACUUGCAUACCGGAAAAUUGGAAUGCAUUUAAUUCGCCGAGUUUCUCGGAAUAUAUAGAGGAUUCAAAUAAAACCUGUGAAACAUCUGACACUGGCUGCAAUCAAGACAAGACUGUUUUGUCGACAAAUAACAGUGUAAUGAAUCAAAGCAAUAUCACGUAUGAAUCGGCAUGUAGCAGCGAAGUUAAUGAAAAUGCAAUUUUGCAACAAUCGGAUGCAACAGCAUGCAUUCUUACCGAAUCGUCUGUCAAAAUACAAGACAGUAAAUCAGUAGCUGAAAUCUCAGCUACUGAUAACGAUAUGUCAAAGGCAUCAACGGCUGCUAAGUCAACAUCGUUGGUAUCAAGUGUCCCUACGAGUACUGCGAGUCCAAAGCAAGGUGGCAGCAAAAAAAUCGACAUAAAGACGUACUACGAGCGCACCAUACAUCGUCGCAUGAAUGAUAAAUUGGAAUCGAAGAAGCCUGCAGAAAAUCCUACGACAUCAACACAAAAUUUAAUUACACCGAAAAGCAUAGAGCCAGAAAUUGCAGUAAAUAAAUUUACAUUAAUAUCUACAUCCAGCAGCUCCAUUCAAGAUCCACGAUUAGCAUCGAAACGUUCUGAAGAAAAUUCAAAUCGUACCGUCAAUAAUGAUAGCGUCGUUCAAAAAAGUAAUCAGAUUAAAUCAAAAGAUGAAGUAUCGCUUGCUACUAGCAGUGUCAAUGCAUUGCCCAAUAUUGUAACGACAUCUAAGAUUGCAGCAUCUAAAGCAAAGAAAUGCUCAGAAGUUAAGAACAGUGCAACAGAUAAGACAUUACAAAGCAAAGCUGCGUCUGAUCCUAAACGAUUUAAAAAUAUUCGAUCGGAAGGUAGCAAAGAGUUGAAGCUGAAGAAAGAAAUGGCGAAAGAACAAAAAGCAAAAAAGAAGUUUGCGACAGCAUCAAAAUCUGAUAAUUUAAUUUCAACAAAAAUAUAUUUUCCUUUGGAAGAGACAAGCACAGAAGAGAAAGAAAAAAAGAUCAAUAAUAUUAAUGACAGGAACAAAGUAAAAAUUAUAGGAAUACAGUCGUUAAGUUCUCACGAAAAUAAAGUAAAUACUAGUAAUGUGAAAACGUCAACAAUUUCCUCUGGCAACGCUGAUAACGAUGGUAACGAAUUACCGCAUAAUACUAUUAAGACGAAAGAACGUUCUUUGAAUUUGGAAAUUUGUGAACGAGGAAACGCUGAAAAAACUGCAAAUAACAUUGAAAGCACUGAUACGCGCGAACAUUCUUCUAAGACGACGCCAGAUGAAACUCAUAAUAUAAAGCGUGCAAAGGAUACAGCAAGCGUUAAGAUUGCGGAUAAAAAGGGCCAUAAAAAAAUUCGUAACAUCAUUCCUGAAUCACUCGAUGCAUCGACAGUUUCUAAAAUUGCCCUGAAAGUCCCUGAAAGUAAAAACUCUAGCAUAGAAAAAAUAAACAAGGAUGUUUCAACUGAGAUUCAACAAUCUAAUACAAUCAAAAACAUGGAACUUUCAUUGAAUAACACGGACGGAAGUCAAAUAAAAAAAUCAGAUCGAGAUCUAACGGAGAGCACAAUUAAUCGUGAUAGCGACAUUUCCGAAUUGGAUGCGGUAUCUCGAGUGGAUAGUAUCGAUAAACAAAGUAAGGAAAAUUUGUUAGUAAAUAUUGAAACUAGCAGCACUAAGGAAAACGAUAUGAAAUUAAAUGUCCUUGAUGCUACAAAUAAAUCUGCGAGUGCGAAUAAGGACGAUUCUGCGAGUAAGAAAACCGCUGAGUCGUCAUCAACUUCGAACGAAAAUUCACAGGAACGGCAAAGCAUAGAGAACAAUGCUAUUUCUUCUGACAGCGUAGGUAGUCCGUUUAAAGGCUUUCUUCAGGAAACUAUGAUGGACUUCGAGCAGUCUAACUUAUUCGACGUGAAUUAUGUGACGACAAGUACUGCCGAUUGCAAGGAUAUGAAGAUCGAAGGGCGACAGGAUUACGAAACGCUAGAACCUGGUACUGAUUACGCUGACGAUACGAAUAUUAACGCCAAUGCGAAUUUUAAUAUCGCUUUUGGUAACGAUUUACUUGCUUCAAAUAAAGAGUGCAUGAACGAGAAGAGCGAUAAGUCUGAUUUGACGGCGGAUGAAAACGGAGAAGGGCAUGUAAGAAAAUCCUCGAGCGAGAUAGUCACGACCAUGUUACACGAUGACGACAACGAUAUCAGUAUCGGUAGAGGUAACGAGACGGACAGACAGUUGACCGUAAGCAAGGAAGGAUACGCGUCUUGUGCAGGAUUAGUGAUUAAAGAAUCUAUGUUAUUAGAUAACGAGGAAGAAAUUAUUCAGAGCGAAGCCCGAUCAAAGGAUUUGACGAGUAAGCUCAAAACUACGACCGAUCCCAGUUUAUCUGAUGCGUUAGAGGCAACGAUCUCGGAUGACGCAUUGAGAUUGCCGGAUUGUCAAAGCGCGGAACAUCUCGAUAAUCAUAUUUACUUAGAAACUAAUAUAUCCGCUGAGAAGGCACCCUGCGACAAAUUGCCGGGCUUCGAUUCCGACGAGCAUCUGGAUAACGACAUAUUCUACUUGGAUGAUCGUUUGCAAAGCACUACUACGUUUGACACCAAGGACGACGAGUGCGUGCAUUUUUCUGUUGAUCAACAAAGUCCCGAAUUCGACAUCAUGCCCGCGGUGAUUCCGGAAACGACAAUAAUUGCGCCCUGCGCAGAUUUAUCGCGCAGCGAGAAAUCGGAGGGGUGUAAAUUCGACAUGAAGCAUAUCUCUUCAACGGAAAACAAUUUGCUCGUGGGAACGUCACCGAUGGAGUGUUCGCCGAUCGAUUCGCCGAGGACGCUGAAUAUCCCGACAAAAGCCGCCUUGAAGGAGGCCGCAAAUCUCUUUUUGAAAUCUUUAAGUAAUGUAUCGACGGCAACUAAAGCACUUGAGAUAUUAGACAAAACACAGCAGAGCGAAACGGAUAUAAAUUAUCAAACGCCAACUUGGCGUGUAGAGGAACAAAACAAUAGAAAAACGAGCAUGCCAGAAAUUGAUAACAAUGCGACUGCCGCGCAAAAAGCUCACAACACUAUGACCGUGCAGGUUAACUUAAACGUAAACAAAAUAUCGGCGCACAACAGCAUACGUGGUGAAUCGGUUCAUAAAGAUGUCAGUGCUAAUGCUAACCACGGCAAGUUCACAGUAUCUCCGACGACUUUGACUAACAUUGAGAAACGUCUUCACAGUAAUAUGCAACGUGAACCAGUCGUCGAAUUGCUAAAAAUGAAAGAAUUGGAUAAACUGUUGGAAAAGAAGAACCAGGAAAAUUUCGAGAAAAUAAAAGAGAAAGUUCAUGAAGAAAAGAGAAGCCAAGAAAUUUUCAGGAUGAGAGAGAAAGUUUACGAAGGUCAGAAAAAGCAUAACGAUUCAAUUUUGUAUAGGUUAAAAGACAAACGGCAAAUGAAGUAUCGACCUAAAGAAACGCCGAGGAAGAACAGUUUGGUGAAGAGACUUAAAAAAAUGAGACGAUCUGGGAAGAUCGUCGGUAACACGAAGGAAGCUAUUUUAGCUAGAAUGUUGAAAAUUGAUCUCGAAAUUCACAAGCUAAUGACGGAGAAACUAAAGUUGCACGAAUUAUUACGAAGUAAUGUUCCAUCGAGUGAAAAUUCUAUAACAAAUGGCAGUGUAGUGCUAAGGACGGCAAAAGACAAUACUGUUCCCGAUCAGCCUGAAAUACCGUCAACGUCACAGAAUAGUGAAAUAAAUCAUGCUAAACAAGGCCGACAUGUGUCUCCGUCGAAAUCGUCGAGGCUGAUUAAGGACAGAAAGAGAGCUUUGUCUUCGCAAGAUAAUAAGAAUACAAAUUACACGCCUAGGUCGAAAACACCUGUGAUUAGGUGGAAAAAGAAACCACGACUAGAACAGACAGUCAAACAGGAGAAAGACAACGAAGAAGAUGGAGGAGGAGAAGAAGAAGAAGAAGAAGAAGAAGAAGAAGAAGAAGAGGAGGAGGAAGAAGAGGAAGAAGAAGAGGAUUUUAACGAAGUAACAAAGGAGCAGGCUUCGACUUCCGUGAGUAAAAAGAUGGAAAAUGAUUUGAUUGACACAUCUGAAAAUCUUCGGAAAUCGAAUGCCAUGAAAAAUAAUAAAGUGCGAAAGGACAAAAUCGCUGGAAAGAAGAUCGACAAGGAAGCUGAUAUCAAUUCGAAACGCUCGAUCUAUUCAGAUAAAAGCGGAACGGAUAAAAGUGCGGAUGAGCGUUCAGAAUGUCGGGACUUUACCGAAGGUGAGACCGAACGUGCAAAACAUUUUGAUACUGAUAAGUCAAAUGAUAUUUCGCCAUCGAGCGAAGUGGCGAAGAUAAAUUCUCAGCCGUCGAACAAGCACGUGCACAGCACUCCGGAAUCCUUGUCUAUAUAUACUGACGAUAGCACGUGGGAUUCUCUAGUACAAAAUACCGCGUCGGAGAUACACAAGAAAGCAUCGGGUCUCGCUUUGCUAAACGAGUCGUUUAAGAAAGAGUUAGCUAGAUCGAAGAUGAAAUCGAUCGUGCGUAAGAAAAAGAAGAAGCAGCUGGACAACUUCUUGAGGACGGUUAACAAUUUGACGGGGGAGGAAGAGGAGUUGCCUCUGUCCAAGUUAUACAUCAAGAAACUGCGGCAAAAACGAGAUUUGCUUGACUCGCUCAGUCAGAGGGAAGGAAACGCAAAUCUCGUUGAACCAGACGUCCUGAAGAACGUAGAUGAGACGAUAAACGAGGUAACGGAGAACAAAGAGGAAAAUCUUUUUGAACCUCAAUCGGAAGCGCGAGCUUCUGAUGACACUCCACCAAUGUCCAACGCUUCUCCAAUAUUACAUUCUGAUAAGCAUCAAAUUCUCGUCGACGCUGAAGCGAACGCCAAUUCAGAUUGGCCGUAUCGAGAGAAAGAAAAUAUAGAAGAGGUUGCAUUGCAGCAAGAUAGUAAUGAUGUACCUGAUGGAUCGAAUCAUGUUUUUAAAGCCGUGAGUCAGGACAAAGUUCCUUUCUACAACGAACGUAACGUAGAACCUGACAGUAGCAUCACUCCUGAAGAAACUCAAGCGGAAAGUCAUUCCUCAGAUUGCGAACGUGACGGUGUGAAGAAUUCCAAUGAUGUUGCAUCGCGUAAUUUUGAUAUUAAAGUAUCCGUGCCCAAAACUUUAAUAAAAAAUGAUUUCAGUCUGGGGAUAUUGUUGCAAAAAAAUAAACAGACGGAAGACAGCGUCGUAGACACUGAUUUGGUCGAUUCUACAACAAACGCAUUUCCGGCUCACACUGACAGAUUGGAAGAGAAGAAUAAGAAUUCUACAACAAACGCAUUUUCGGCUCACACUGAGAGAUUGGAAGAGAAGGAUGAAAAUUCACAAAGUACCUCGCAAGCUGAUAAUUCGACCGCGGAGAAAGACAAGAAGGACAAGAAAGAUGAAGCGAAAGACAAACGCACAGCGAACGCAAAUGAAAAGGAAGAGGCGAUCGAUAGAGCAAGUAAUACACCAUCUGCGCCGCAAUUGGUCACUGCGAAUUCCGAUGUCACUGAGAACGAGCGAUCUAAUAACAACGUUGAAUCUAACGACAAGAUAACAAUAAUAGAUACAGGGUGUGACUCAAAUGUCUUGGAAAAAACAGACACGAAACAGAAAAAACCGGAUGCUGAAUCCGAGCAACUCUCGAAUGAUACGAUUUCUGUGAAACAAGAUUGUCAAAACAUCAAGAAUGCCAUUAAAGCCGCCAAAGAAGAAGAGAAAAAUAAUCCCGAAAAUAUAUCCGGCACAUUUGAGAAAAUCCUGAAUAAUGAUCAAGGCACUGGCAAUUCCGUUCCAGUUGAUCUAACGUGCGAAAGAUCAGAAGAUGAAGUGUCCGUUGAACAAAUGUCCGGUUUGGAACACACGUCGACUUCUACCUUCUCGUCCAAUAAAGCAAAGAGCAAAGAAAUGAGCAAAAAGCUUCGUCGCAAACACGACACUUCAAUACCGAUUCGGAGAAGCACCAGAAACUCCAAUGAGAGCAAGUCUAGUAAGAUAAAUGAAAUCGAUGCUAAUUCAAGCAGCAGCGGACCUUCUUCACGAGAGACGAGCGUUUUUCACGAGAAUGACUUAACAAUGCGAAGCAAAAGCAAAUCCCCAACGUGGACAAAGCGUGAUGAAAAAGUCGUCAAUAAUGUAAUCAGGAAGAAUCGUGUUUCACAGAAAGUGCAAAAUACGAAUAGCCGGAAAGUUGGUACUGAAUCUGAAACAAAGAUCGAAAAUCAGACUAAAUAUCUCGAUACGAUUACAGAAUCUGCAGUUUCGAAGAACAAGAUUGUGGUAACCGCGAGGAAGAGGAAACACCGCACAGAUUGGCAAAUGAAACAUUGCAAAGUGAGAUUGAUCGACUGUAAAUCCAUUCUUUAUAAGUAUAUUAAUCCUAAAGUUCUGGACAGACUUGGAAUAAUUGCCAUCAAUUCUUCCGCAUCGAGUGAUUUGUCAUGUAUGCAGCACACCACAUGCGAUCACUAUGCGGCAAUAAUUUCUACUGCAGCUUCGAAUAAAAGUUUCUUUGACCCGGCCGAGUUCUGCGAUAAAGAAAAGUCUGAGAUCGAAAUGUUAGAAGAGAAAUUAAUCACUGAAAGUAGCGAGAAGGAUCUUGAUCAAGAAUUUGUUUCACAUACAGUAGAGAGCAACGAGGAUGACUCAACGAGAAUGCAAUACACGGUUCAUAAAGGCCCUAUUUUGGACCUAAUGAUUUUUGAGAAUUCUUUCCUAGCAGCAAGCGAAGACGGCAAAAUAUACAGAUAUAGUCAAAAAUCUAAUGGAAUAUUGAAUAUCUAUAAAGGUCACAAAUCUGCAGUUACGUGUCUGUAUAUCUACAAGUCAGAUGACGCAGGAGUUGACAAAAAUCUUAUGUAUUCUGGUUCCUUAGAUGGUACUUUGCGUUGUUAUAAUAUAAUGACUGGUGCAUUAGUAGGACAUCCGGCGCAAACAAAAAGUCCGAUUCAGUGCAUGGAUCAAGCAUGGGGUAUCAUUUUUAUUGGAACAAAAUCUGGGCAUGUCUCACGUUUUAAUAUCGAGGCUGGUGCUAUUAAAGAAGACAGUAUUCCGUUCUCAGAGAAAUCUGUACUUGCGCUUAAAGCGACGAACGAAGGUCCGAGAAGAAUUCUCAUUAUAGCAUCUCGAAAUCAACCAAUAAAUAUACGCGAUGCAUUAACCGGUUUGCUUCUUCGUAUGAUUAGCGGCCAAAAUAAUUCUACUGUUUACAGUUUAUUGCGACAUAAUAAUUUGAUCUAUUGUGGUACAAGCAGCACAUCUAUAAACGUUUUUGAUUUCACGAUGGGUGAACAAGUAACUCAAUACGAUGCUGGUGUUGGUAUUGUAUGUAUGCGGCUUUAUAAGCAAUUACUCUUCGCGGGCUGUUACGACGGCAAUAUUUAUGUUUUUGACAUAAAUAAUCACGAAUUAGUACAUAGUAUACGCGGUCCAGGGAAUAUGUUAUUGAGUAUAGAAGUUGUAAAUAAUAAGAUUAUAGCGGGAAGUAAAGACAAGCGUUUGCAUAUGUGGCAAAUGCCAACUCAAGUGCGUGCCUUACUUUGAACAAUGUCGUAGCAUGCUCAGGAAUUCUCUACUUUAAACAUAAUUAAGUAAUCAGUUAAUGUCAUGAUCAAUUAACAACUCACAAUUGAUCGGAUAAUAUUAUAUAAAUAUGUAGAGCAAGAAACUUGUGACACCGAAGUUAUGACUUAAUAAUAUACAUCCAUAUAUUUUCUAAC